UUUUAGGUGGCAGUUUUGAAACGCAGUUAGACAAAUACCUUUUGACUUCAGUCUUUUCAUAAAGAUUCUAUCUAGCUAGUAACUGAUACUGAUGUUGUUUAAAUAACAAGAUCCGAAAAUCAUCUUACCAUCUUACAAAGGUCUAGAAAGGAAAAGAGAAGUUUGGGCGCUUCUCAGGCCCUUUCUAGAUAAACGGUCCGUACGCUAUGAACAUCAGUGGUGUUUCCAGUCCUUACAUGAAUAAAAGGGCUUCUCGAGGUGAAGCGUACGUGCCGACACGAUAUGAGCAUGUUGCAAAUAUCCUCUCUCACGGAGUAGCAAUACUUCCGAGCAUAUAUGGAACACAGUGGUUAAUCGCUGCGUCAUGUCGUGAGUCAGAACGAAAUGUGUCUAUAAUUUACUGUUUUUUCACUGUGGUACUUUUUACAACAUCAACAGCUUACCACACAUGUGAACUUCUUUUUCGUCCCAACAAAAAGAAAUUUCGUUAUUACCUUCAUAUAGUCGAUCGUGCCGCCAUCUAUUUUUUCAUUGCUGCUUCAUACAUGCCAUGGUUUACCUUAAGACACUAUGAAUCUCCAACAGUUAAUUUCAAUUGGCUUGUUUGGUUGUUUGCCUUUUUGGGUACUAUCUAUCAGUGUAUGUUUCACGAAAGAUUUAAAACAAUGGAAACUUUAUUAUAUAUUGCCUUUGCUGUUGUACCUUUUAGUGCUAUAUACAGUAUGUGCGAUCCAAGUGAUCUAACUUUAAUGCUAGCUGGUGGUAUUGUUUACACGAUAGGCGUCAUUUUUUUUAAAUCAGAUGGUAUCAUACCUUUUGCACAUACAGUAUGGCAUCUUCAUGUUGUUGUUGGUGCAGCAUUACAUUGGUAUGCCGUCUACAGCAUGCUUCUUGGACCAAAUAAUCAACUUUCAUCCAAGCAAAAAUAAAACAGUAAUCGAUUAUCAAUGCUUUUAAAAGUACAGUAUUACUUAAAUGAAUCGGGUGGUUAUUAUCGCUGAUCUCAGCUUAUCUAGCAUUUAAUCACUGACGGAUGAUAAUUAUUGUCGUGUAUUUGCAUAAUAACAUGCAUGUUUAUGUUUCUGUAUUUUUUUUCCUAGUAAUUUAUAUGUAUUACGUAGACUAGCAUAUUCAAUUAAGAGCAUUAAAAGUAGUUAUAAAUUACCCUAAUAUGUGUAUCUCAUAUAUCUUAUACCUUAGUAGACAUAUAAUUCUAUAUGUUGAAAUGAACAUUUAAAUUGUUUUGCAUUUUUUUUUUAAUUUCUUGUUCAUAAUCAUCGAUAAUAUUUACUAUUUUGAGUAAUUCUGGUGUUUUACAUAGUAUGCCUAAUAAGAUUCGGUGCAUAUUCG